UUUCAUUAAAUGAUCAAGUCAUCGCCUUAUUGAUUGUGUUCUCAAAUUUUCUUCCUCAGUGUUAGGCUUAAUGCUUCCUCUUGCGGUCUCUCACUUUUCGUUAAGUUAACUUCCUUUUUCACUCAUUGACAGAUGUGUAGAUAAAUCAAAAUGGAAAAUUUGGUACAAUAUUACUUUUCUUCUCAGUGUUGAUCUUUCGUUUCGAUCGCCAUUUUGAAGAACUGCAUAUAACUAGCAAAUACAUGACAUUUUGUCGACUGCUUUAUUUUUUUUGAGCGCCUUUCUCGAGUCUGUUAUGCAGCUUUGUCAAAAGAGGGACUUUUGCGAGACCAAACAGCGGCUGCGACAGAGACUAUAAUUCUUUGGUGCUCUAACGAAAAUGUUCGUGUACUAAACUAUGUUACAAAGAAGCCAGGAUUGAAUCUCUACUGAUACUAAGAAAUUCUCUUCAUUAACUCGAUAGAAAGCGGGCGGUGAUGUGAAGAAGAAAGGAAAACCAGAUCCAUUCGCUUAUGUGCCUCUCCAAUUAAAUAUGCUCAACAAAAGGUAAGUGCUGACCUGCCUCAAAAUUUAUAUUAUUUGAUUGCAGCAGGGCUGAGGGAUCCUGAAAUUUCCCGGUUCCUCUCCUUCUUCGCCUCUCUAUCGUGAAAAAAGAACGCUAUCGCAACUCACUUCCCAGAAGUAGUUUUUGCUUGUCAUACUUUUCGUGAGGAGGUUCUCUUUCCUCUCAAGACGCGUCUCGUUCAUCGCAAAAUGAAUCGUGUGUUCCACAAGUCGCGUUCCCCUUUUCGCAAAUAUGGUGUGCAACGCCUGUUAAACCAAUGUACUUUCUAAUUUGACCUUGCCAUAGUGUUUCACAUCUUUUCAACAAAAUAAUCGUUCUCUUGCGUUUUUGCAAAGUUGUUGUCAAACGUUAGGGACAAAGUGCAUUCACUGGCAAAGAAAUAGGAAAUGUUUUGAGGAACUAUGAAGCAUAUUGAUAGGCGACUGCGGCGUUUCUCUUUUCGUCUCUCUACUUUACCUUGGAUGCUUUAUCACGAUCUUUCUUGUCACUUUGAAAGUGACAGCCACUAUGUCAUCCCAUGGCUCUUUAUCGAAGGCUUUUGUGGUUAAUAUAUCAAUUGAUUGAUCUUUGUCACAGGAAACAAAAGAAAAUGACGGGCCAGUUUAAGGGCCUGGUACGAGCUACGAAACGCGGAGCAGCGAACGUCAGGCAAAAGAAAGGGAAAAGAUGACAUAAAAUUCACACAACGCCAUGAGCCGUCAAAUGCCUGUGGGGGUGGUGGGUGAUUGGGUGAAUCAUCGAACGAGACACAUUUGGGAAAUAUCCAUUUUAUUCUCUUUGCAGCUGAAGAACUAUUCUAGAAAUCUCCCCCAAACUCCCUAUUUAUUUAUGAUUUUAACUCGUAAAGCUUUAUGGAAAAUGAACCUCUCAUUUUUGCCGAGUGAAGCAAAAUAGAAGCCCCCUCUACUUUGUGGUAGGGGGUCACGCUGUUGUAUGAACAAGAAUGGUAAGGUACUUACCUGUGAGAAUUGUUUAAUAAGUGCAAUACGAAGGACACGACAAAAAAAGAUGGUGAUAAAGAAGGGAGCUGAAAACUGAUUCCUGCCCCCUUCACUAUUUUAGUCGGGAUUAUUGGAAAUAUGUUCACUUUAGUUUGAUUGAACUAAUAAAUCGAAAAACACUUUAGCUAUCUACAUUGUCGGUAUUAAAAGAGUAACCUCAAUAAACUAUUUGACUAAAUCACCAAAUUUUGAACUACAUUCCUUAAAACGGAUACAAUCACCUCUUUUGGCUAAGUACUGAAAAUUGAAAAAUUCAAAACCUAAUCUGUAUUAUUUAGCCUAAAUGCAGCCUUGAAAUCUUGUGGAUGCAUAACUUUAUUUGCUGAC